CUAUAUAUGAUCAAGGACUGCGUGCAAAAACUUCUCGAAUCCGUUGCAGAAUAUCGAAACCGAUUCUAAAGGAUGUUCGUGAAAACUGAGCGAGGUGAGCAAGUAGGGAGAGACCUGUUCAUUGACGGACUUCGCAGCCGAACAAUAAUGGCUAAGUUGCGAAAGCAAUUUUCCCCCAUCACUCAUACGCUACAGCAAAUUAUGGCCGCUGCAGAAGAAAUAGAACGGAAGUUCGCGACGAAUUUCCUGGAAGGAGAAGACUACCCUAGAGACGGAGAUUCGACCGAGCUCGCACGAGCAAGAGCGGAGCUGGCAGCCUUGCAGAACAAAUUUGAAAACAUGGGAUUUGUAUCAGGACCUGUCACCUAUAUGGAACAAAAAUGCCCUAAACGAGUAAUCCUAAGCGAGACCCCGAGCAUCUCUGCUCCUAUGAUACCCCCGCCUGUUAGGGCAUUAACCCCGCCCCCGAUUGAGGCUCCCGUACGAUCGAACGAAUCAGCGACCAUUUUGAAACUAACCAAAACCUUGAUUAGUUUAAUCCAAGAAAGCAAAAAAGAGCAGCGAGAGCACAAUGCUCGGCUUGAGGCCAUGAUGAGGAAUAUGCGGCCCAUUGGGGUACGCGCCCCUCCGAUGCAGCAGGGAUUAGCUCCGUCACCCGCGCUCGGAGGAGUCGCAAAUAAUCUAAAUGUCUGUUAUGCUUGUCAUCAGCCAGGGCAUUUGGACCGAGAUUGCCCCCACCGACCCCCGCAACAGCGGAUCGGGGUCGCGCCUAUGGCUGCGGCUCCCAUCGCCAACGGGCCUGGACGAGUCGGAGCUUUGAUGGAAGAAGUAGAGGGUGGGGGAAGUGCCCUGGCCACCACGGAAGAGGCCGUCGAGCUAAUUCCGCUAGAUCAGUACGUAUCGCUGGGAUAUCCGGGGCUUGGAAUGAUCGGAACGAUCAAACCCGCGCCAGAGCCAAAAGAGGUGGCGGAGUGGCGACCGUCUCUAGGAGAAAUGGAAUCGGGAAGACCCACCUUCGUCACAGGGGAGAUCGAUGUAUUAAACAUCAUCCGAGCUUUGGACCAUCGGAUUUCCCUUCCGAUUGGUCAUCUACUCUCGAUCUCCGAGCAAGCCAACGAGCGGAUGUUACAGCAUUGCAAAGCGAACGGAAAGCGAUUCGCCUUUGCCCGAACCUCGAACGCGGAAGCCAAAAGCCCCGCACCCGAAGAAAACCCCGCAAGUACUUCGGAUCCGAUACGGGUGGGUUUAAUUCAGAAAGACGAUCAUUUCUUACGGAUUAAACCCAUUCCGUGGAAAUCCGCUGAGUGCGAUAUACAAAUUUGGGGAAUUCCUUACAACGCCAUUAUAAACUCAGGAGCAGCUGUGUUGACUAUCUCACUGAGAGUGGUCGAAAGGGCAGGUAGGAAAAACGACCUGAUCAUGCUUUCUGAGAAAGAUCAGCUCGUUUCGGCUGACGAAGAAAGGAUUAAUACUGUGGGAAGAAUGACCAAUGUCGCCUUCCGCUUGGGUAAAGUGCACGCAUUUGGGGAAGUCGUAGUACUAGAUGUCAAUACGUACGACGUUCUUUUUGGACUUCCCGCCCUUGUGGCGCCACGAGCAAACCUGGACUUCGAACGACGAUCGAUCGUCCUCCGAAAUACAGGGGGAAAACCCUACGCUAUGCCCAUGCGAUUGACCCUUCGCACUACCAUUAACGCGGUUCCGCGAGUUUCGCCGAUGAUGGCAGGGACUCUCCGCAUGAUCUCCUGGGAUGAACCCGCAGAGGAAAAGUCAUCAACUGAUGAGGCGGAAAGCAGUGACGAAGAUGAUCCGGAAAUCUUGAAAUUGGCACGACAACGUGUUUGUUACCCUCCACCCAAAACGAUAGCGAGAACGACCAGCCGAAGAAUUCAAAGGACCAAGGCGAUGAUCUUGGGUGAGCCCCUCGUGCAGAUUUCGAGGAUGGUCGAUUCUUUGGAACCCCCUCAAACUCUGUACGAAGAAAUCACCCCUCUCCUCGCCCGGUACAGCGACAAGAAGCACUACUGUGAUAUUACGGAUCUACCCAAGUCCUUACUAACAUCGGCCAAAGAAGUGAGAUUGUUACGCCUGGGAGCGGAGGCAAGCUCUCUGGAACCCCCUUGGCGUUUCGAAGCAAAAACAGACGGACUGGGAAUAAAGAUUGCAACAAAAGAAGUGCCAUGGCAGGAUGUUUGUGACGGGAUUACCUCGGAAGGACACGUGGCCAUCCGGGAAGAAGAUGCCCAGAUGAUGGCCACGGUGUUCUCCUGGCGAUCGGACCACUCAUUCAUCUCAGCGCCCCCACCCGACUUGGCAAAACAGGCAAAAACGAAACAGAUUGACGUUCGGAUCUGGGACCACCUCUUCCAACUACACGUUCCACUGUAUGUGCCGGAUGACAUCCACCGGGUAAUUGCGGAUAUUCUAACGGAAUAUCAAAGAGCGAUUAGUGUGUCAGACACUAACAUUGGGCUGUCGUUAGUAAUUCAACAUGAAAUUCAGACAGGAAAUCACUCCCCGAUUCAUUGCAAACCUUAUCGGUAUUCCUUGAUCGAACGCAAAAAGACUCUCGAACGAAUUCGGGAGUUCGAAGCCAGCGGUUGGAUUGAACCCGCUACCGGACCUUGGUCUUUUCCCGUAGUGUUAGUACCGAAGAAAAACGGAGCGAUUCGCAUUUACAUUGAUUAUCGUAAGCUGAAUGAAAUCACAAUCAAAGAUGUGUAUCUCCUCCCCCGGAUUGAUGAUCUGUUGGAUGCGAUUGGAUGCGCUAAUUAUUUCAGCAAGUUUGAUAUUCAGCAUGGCUUCCAUCAUAUUUUGGUAAGGGAAGAAGAUCGGCCAAAAACGGCCUUUGUGUUGUUUGAGGGCACGUGGCAGUGGGUUCGGUGUCCGAUGGGAAUUUGCAAUGCGCCUGCCACGUUUCAGCGAGCGAUGAACAUGACGUUCCAAAACUUCGUCAACAAGACACGGCUGACGCAGGGAAUGAUUAACUUCUGCGUGAUCGUGUACAUGGACGACAUCCUGGUCUAUUCGGAGACCUAUCACGGGCACGUGCAACACAUCGAAUGGACCUUGGGUGCAUUGAGAGACGCUGGGUUCAAGAUUGCGCUUGAGAAGAGCGAAUUUUUUCUUUCGAAAAUUUUGUUUCUGGGCUAUGUCGUGACACGUGGAGGAUUGCGGCCAGACUCGAGAAAAGUUGCGGCGGUGAAGGAAGCUCCGGUUCCCACGUCACUAACGCAGGUUCGAGCCUUCUUGGGAUUAGCGUCGUCCUAUCGGCGCUUCAUCAAGAGCUUUGCCGCGAUUGCACGACCACUAACGAAAUUGUUACGGAAGGACCAGCCUCUCAGCUGGAACGCGGAGUGCCAGCAGGCCUUUGCAACCCUCAAGGACACUCUGGCAACAGCCCCUAUUUUGAUUCGACCGAACCCCUCGAAGCAGUUCAUUCUCAUCACGGACUGGCAACCGGAAGCUAUUUCCACUAUUCUAGCGCAGAAGGGGAACGACGGUCGCGAACACGUCAUCGAGUACGCAGUGACACGGCAAUGCGGACGGGCUGACACGUCUGCAUCGACCUGCCAAGAGCGCAUCCCGCCGUCACAGCAACAGUAUUUGAAACCCCGAACGUUUCGCGAUCUUGCCUUCUUCCGCUAUCCUACGGCGGAGCAGCUUGCGGCCAUUCGAGAAGAAGAGGAGGAGGAAGAGAGUGCCGAGAGUGACGAAGGCAAAGGCGGGCUGGAAGAAGGCAGGGAUAGCGACGAAGAGCUCGGUGAAGAAGACGAAACCAUCGAAGAAGGAAGCUAUAGUGAGCAUAGCGAGGGGGAACAGAGCGAAGAAGAAGAAGAAGACGAGGAGGGAGAAGAGGAGCAUGACGAAGAGACUACUGGAUCAGAGUGGGAAGCCGUGCCAGAAGAAGCGCUGCGUACGGGUACAGAAGCCGAAGAUCACGAAGCGGCCCGCAAAAGAGAAGAGAUCGCGGUCGGGAAGGAGUUAGAGCUCGCAGGCGCGGCGAGCCUACAGAUUCACCACAACCCGAAACCGAGAUCCGGAGCCGCCCCGGCCUGAAGAUGGCGACCUUGCGGCCACGA